UUCUUAAAGCAUGGCUGACAAGGGAGCAGGAACCCAGGUGUACCCUCCUCUUAAUGAAGGGGAUAGAAAACCAAAAACAAGAUUGCAAGAAAGACUGAUGAAAAAACUAGGAGAGCAUUCCUACCCAUUCUUUAUUGAUAUACCAAAGGACUCUCCGUGUUCUGUCACCCUCCAACCUGCACCAGGAGACACUGGGAAGCCAUGCGGGGUGGAUUACGAGCUAAAAACUUAUGUCUGGGACCCAGAGGAUAACCCCGAUAAAACACACAAGAGGAAUUCUGUUCGUUUAGCAAUUAGAAAAGUCCAAUUUGCGCCAGACAAAAAAGGGCCCCAGCCAACUGCAGAAAUUCAAAAGCUCUUUUUAAUGAGCGACAAACCGUUAUGUCUUGAAGCCACUCUGGACAAAGAUUUAUACUACCAUGGAGAGUCCAUUGGUGUUAAUGUACAAGUCACAAACAAUUCUUCAAAGACAGUUAAAAAAGUGAAAAUAUCAGUGCGACAAAUCGCAGAUAUUUGUCUCUUUUCUAACGCACAGUACAAGUGUCCUGUUGCCUUCAUUGAAGCAGAUGAUCAAGUAGCGCCAAGCUCAACACUCUGCAAAGUUUAUCAGAUUUGUCCUUUACUUGGCGACAACAAGGAUAAGCGAGGUCUGGCUUUGGACGGACAACUUAAACAUGAAGAUACAAACCUUGCUUCAAGCACGAUUUUAAAAGAAGGUGUACCCAAGGAAAACCUUGGCAUAAUUGUCCAAUACAAGGUCAAAGUGAAGCUUGUGCUGGGAUCAUUAGGAGGAGAAGUUUGUGUAGAAUUACCAGUUACACUAAUGCACUCAAAACCAGCAGACGUGGACCCAAUCAUAGGUUCUCCUGCAAAGGUGGCGAGUGGAAAGCCAGCUCCUGAACCUAUUGACCAUAAUUUGAUUUCUUUUGACACAAAUGCAUCCCCCCCUAAUGAUGAUAUUGUAUUCGAAGAUUUCGCUCGUAUGCGGUUACAAGGUGAAGCAGCCACAGGUGGCGAUGGACAAACUGCGUAAUCGAGUUCGUAGGUCUGUGCGAAAA